AUGUCAGCCCCUCCACCAUCGAUUGUACACAAACUGUCCGCAGUCAACGAACAAGCCUGGCUUAGUCUUGGCAGUCUGGCCGAAUUGAUGGCUGAUUGGGACAGAGCCAUGGCCUCGUACGAAUCUGCCCUCAGACACAAUCCAUACUCAGUCAGCGCCCUUUCCCACAUUGCCUCUCUCUGCCGGGGAAGAGAAGAAUUCCCAAAGGCCGUGGAUUACUUUAAACGUAUCUUGGCAACACAAGAAAAUCACGGAGAAACAUGGAGCGCUCUCGGGCACUGUUAUCUUAUGAUGGACAAUCUACAGGAGGCCUACCAGGCCUACCAACAGGCUCUCUACCACCUCUCAAACCCAAAAGACCCUAAAUUGUGGUAUGGCAUCGGAAUACUCUAUGAUCGCUACGGCUCUCUCGAACAUGCCGAAGAAGCCUUUUCUGCCGUAAUGAAGAUGGACCCAAAGUUUGAAAAGUCAAAUGAAAUCUACUUUCGGCUUGGCAUCAUAUACAAGCAACAACAAAAAUUUGAUCUUAGUCUACAAUGCUUUCGUUACAUCCUCCAUAACCCUCCUCGUCCAUUAACUGAAAUCGACAUCUGGUUCCAAACAGGCCAUGUAUAUGAACAGCAAAAGGAGUAUGAACAUGCCAAAGAUGCUUAUGAACGUGUGUUGGCCGAUAAUCCCGAUCAUGCAAAAGUACUCCAGCAGCUCGGUUGGCUAUUCCACCAACAAAACACCUCCUUUACAAACCAGGCCAUGGCCAUCCAAUUCCUCACCCGAUCUCUCAAGGCCGACUCAAACGACGCCCAGUCCUGGUACUUGCUCGGCAGAUGCUACAUGGCCGAACAGAACUACAACAAGGCCUACGAAGCAUACCAGCAGGCCGUCUACCGCGACGCUCGCAACCCAACCUUCUGGUGCUCAAUCGGCGUCCUAUACUACCAAAUCAACCAGUACCGAGAUGCCCUGGAUGCCUACAGCAGAGCAAUCCGUCUCAACCCAUAUAUCAGCGAAGUCUGGUACGAUCUCGGCACUCUCUAUGAAUCAUGCAACAACCAAGUCAAGGACGCCCUCGAUGCCUACCAGCGCGCAAGUGAACUCGAUCCCAACAAUCCCCACAUCAAACAACGUCUGGACUGGCUAAGAAAAACACAAACAAGCUACCCCAAUACACCUUUGGGAGCUAAUGGUGGAGGUAGUGGAAAUGGAGUAGGUUCAGGUUCAGGUUCAGGUUCAGGUUCAGGUGCAAGUGCAGGCACAGGCACAGGCACAGGUGCAGGUGCAGGUGCUGGACCUGGUGCUGGAUCUGGAAUUGGAGCAGGAACAGCAGGAGCAGGAACAGCAGGAACAGCAGGAACAGCAGGAACAGCAGGAGCAGGAGCAGGAACAGGAACAGGAACAGGAGCAGCAGCUGGAGCAGGAGCAAGUGGAAAUGGUGGAGCAGGCGGACCCCAUAAUCUCAUCCCUCAAGACGUCAACCCCUAUCAAUACCAAAACACCCCUCAACCCCCUCAUCAGUUGUCGUCCUCCCUUGGAUCUCAGGCACCUGGUCAUUAUUCGGCUGCCCAUCUGGCCUUGGACCGCCGCAUGCCGGCAAUGGACCCUCCAAGGGAUCUCCCAAUGCCGGAUCGCUCUCCCGUCAACCAAUACCACCAGCGUCAUGACGAUGUUCGCAUUCCCGAUAUCGGCUCUGGCGGUGGACGCGCCCCAACACCUUCCGAACGUCAACAACAGCAGCAACAGCAUUAUCACCAUCCACUCGAGAGUCCACGUCAAUCUCCACAUCGUCCAUUAGAUCUUCCUCCUCCGCCUCCUACUCCAAUGGAAGAACUCAAAAUUGUCCCCAUGAAACGUGUUUUGGAAGACGAAACCAAGUCAAACCAAUCUCCUUUACCUGAUCGUCAACAAGAUAAACGUGUAGCACUCUCCUCUUAA